AUGCAACUUCGCGACAGGCCAUCUCUCUGGCUUACUGGCCAUGCUGAUCGGAUCCGUGCGAUCCCACUAGCGGCCAAGUCUCAGCAACAGGAGGACAUCAUGACGGCAGACGCGAAAGUCGUCGUGGGUUCGUUCGUGUGGGUGGAGGACCCGGAGCAAGCAUGGGUGGAGGGGGAGGUGGUGAAGGUGGAGAAGAAGAAAGUAACCGUCAAAGUCGGGGAUAAGGAGACGGUGUACCGGCUGAAGCACAUCCAUCCGAAGGACCCAGACGCGCCGAGCGGCGGUGUGGACGACAUGACGAAGCUUGCGUACCUCCACGAGCCCGGCGUGCUGCACAAUCUCGCCGUGCGAUACUCGCUCGACGAAAUCUACACGUACACAGGCAGCAUUCUCAUUGCAGUGAAUCCCUUUCAGAGGCUGCCCCACCUGUACGAUGUGCACAUGAUGGAGCAGUACCGGGGGUCACGCCUGGGUGAGCUGAGCCCUCACGUGUUCGCCAUCGCUGAAACGUCAUACAGGUUCGUGCUGGUGGGGAGUGCGGUAGUGUGGGUCCGUGCAUGUGUGGAGUGCGGUUCUUGA